AUGGUGAAUACUGAAACUCCUGUGGACGCUAGCUCUAGUAAUAAUUCUACGUACAUUCCUGACUCCACAAGUCCUUUAUUUCUCCACUCGUCUUAUAUACCUGGGAUGUGUUUGGUGAGUACUCCAUUCUCUGAGUCGGGGUAUGGAGGAUGGAGAAGAAGCAUGAUAGUGUCUCUUUCUACUAAAAAUAAAAUAGGAUUUGUCGAUGGUUCAUGCCCUAGACCAGUUACCACUGAUGUUGCAAAGCUGCAUCAAUGGGAUAGAUGCAACAAUAUGGUGAUUUCGUGGUUAACUAGCUCACUUUCACCAACUAUAGCUGAGAGUGUCCAGUACUCCGAGACGGCCAAGAGCAUUUGGAAACAAUUGGAGCGUAGGUAUGGGGCUGUGAAUGGUACUAAGGUGUUUGAGAUAAAGAAGGCCUCCACACAACAAGGCUCCCUCGACAUUGCAUCAUAUUUCAAUAAACUAAAAAAACUCUGGGAUGAGCUGGGUACAAUGCGUAAGAAUCAUGGAAAUCGUUGCACGUGUGCUGCAAGAGAUGGUAUUCAAAAGGAUGAGGAGGAGGAUAAGCUUCAUCAAUUCCUUAUGGGCCUAAAUGAAGUAUAUGUGGGAGUGAGAAGCAAUUUGCUAAUGAUGCAACCUCCUCCCACACUAGAUAGUGCAUACAGUACUCUACUUCAAGAUGAAAAUCAGAGGCAAGUUCAACACAUUCCCCAGCUGGUCCCAGAAGCUGCUUCUUUCAAUGUGAAUGCCAACAAUAAAGUUUUUCCUCCGAAUGUCAACAGUAAGGCAUUCCCUCCUAAGCAAUAUACUCAGAAAGUGGAUUUUGAUCAGCCCAAGGGAAAUAUUUUUUGCAAAUACUGUAAAAAGCCUGGACACCUAAUCGAUAAAUGCUACAAGUUACAUGGAUUUCCACAGAAUUUCAAAUUUAAUUAA